UUACCAAGGCUGGUUUAUGACAUGCGCCGAUUUGUUCAAUACUGCAGUCAGCUAGUUGAAAACUAUCCACUUCAGGUAUACGCUUCAGCACUUGCGUUCAGCCCUGCCAGAAGCAUGACACGAAAUCUGUACAAGAGGGAAAUGAGGUGGAUUACUGCCGGGCCGGUUGUAGAAGAAGAUUGGAAUGCAUGCACACAGACGCUCGAGGGGCAUAGCGGUCCGGUCUGGUCCGUCGCGUUCUCACCCAACUCGAAGCUCGUUGCGUCCGGGUCAGACGACAAGACCGUCAAGAUGUGGGAUGCAGCGACGGGCACAUGCAUGCAGACGCUCGCGGGGCAUAGCGGUUUGGUCAGCUCCGUCACGUUCUCACCCGACUCGAAGCUCGUUGCGUCCGGGUCA